AUGAGAGAGCAGUGGGAAGCUGUGCAGGCGGGUCUCCGCGUGUUCUUGGAGGAGGAAAGCGCAUAUGUUCAGUUUCUAGCGAAUAUCGAGCAGGAGCUGGCGCGGAAGCUUCGGUUUGAGGCUCGGUCGCGGGACGGAUCACUCGUGGAUAGCGACUUCGACCGGUUCGUUGAGACUGCAGCGCAGCUCCAGUACCUCCACGUGCUAUUCCACUCCAAGUUGAAGCCAUUCGCGGAGCCUCGAGCUCGUGGAGAUGUCAGUCCGGCCGACGACAAAUGCAGCCGCUUCGUAGAGACUCUGGCAGACAUGCUCAGCGUCCUCCGCAUCCUCUACGGGAGGCUAUUUUGUAGAGGCGACUCUACCCAAGCAGUGAUAGAGAAAGCAUUGACAAGACAAGACAAAGAUUCAGACGGAACUGUGGUGGAGAAUUUCCUGGCGAAGCAGCAACUGACCGCCGAGAAACUGGUAGCUCGUCCGUUGAAGCGAUUCGACGAACUCGUGGAAUUUGUCGAAGCGCUGAGCAAGGCCUUGUCCGAAGAUGACAGCGAUGAGAUCAUGAGCAACAACAGCGAGUCAGGCUGCGAAGAGAAGCUGAACUACGCUCCUCAGCUGAUGCACAUUGCCCAGGAGAACAAGCACUACAUUCACAUUGCCAAGGCCGACGCACGAGAAGAGAGCGAGUUAAUUGCGUUGCAGACCUGUUUCCACGGUGACGGAGCUGAUGAACUGAGAGAUUUGUCCAGCAAGAAGCUGCUUCUGCAUGGAGGAGUAUUUUUGUCGGUCUGGAGUGCGCAAAAUGGUAGCGGAUCCGGGGCAUCUUUCACGAUCAAGCAUUGCCUUCACCUGAAGCAGGAUUCCGCGUUUCUUGAGUUUGUUCCAGCCAGUGUUCCAGUGCUUGAAUCAACUGGGGAAGCGCGCGCGUUGGCAUUGAUUAGGCAAGAUACAACACUGCUGCUUGCUUGGAAUGACGCUGCAACGAAUAGCACGCCACCAAGGGAGUUUGUAUCCUUUUACGAUGACCAGCUUCCUGGCGUUUUCUGGCUAGCACCUGAGAACGACUCGAAGACUAGUGAGGAGUGGUGGCAAGUGGUUGAGAUUGUAUCCUAUGCAAAAUGGCUGUUGGUUUUCAAGCUCGAUGGCUGGAAGGGGCAUUCGCUGCUGUGUCAAUUAGAUACGAGAAUGCCUGGAGUGGAGAUUUGCGAGCAGCCACGAGGAGACAAGGAGUGGAGUUUGGUCAUUUCCCCUGGAUCUGCGGCUAGCAUCACGCUAGUAUCGAAGAAGCGAACCAGAAUUGAUUUUUGGUUCGACCAAGUGUGGAAAGCUGUUGAGAGCGCUCAAAUCGCGGCGAGGCGAGCUGAAAGAGAGAGAAAGGAGAGGGAAGAGAUGGAGGAGGAAGAGGCUCACGUCCGUGUGGACGGCAGCAAACAAGCAGGAACGAAGCGGAAGCUCGCCACAUGUUCCAGCGACCAAAGCCCAUCUGAGCAUAUGAAGAAAGCACAGGAGCCUCGCUCUAAUUCUAGCUCGGCUGCCUCAAGUGGCUCAAAGCCGGAUGAUAAGACGGAUGAUGAGUGUGGAGACUUGGAGAAGAGCGCUACAGCAAAUUGCGUCGAGGAGGAGCAAGCUGCUGCACUUUCGGCUAAAAAGAGACCCAGGCGCUCAUCCGACAGAUCGUCGAAGAAGACGCCAAGCGCAGCCCCAACUGGGAAGGAUGACAAAUCCACGCAUGUUGCUACACCGCCUGUGAAAACUCCGAAGAGACGGUGGCUCAUGAGGAAGUCGGACGAUCCCAAUGACACUGACCUGAUACCAACUCAACCAAGCCAGAGCAUUCCGACAGAUGAAUCAAUGAGCGAGACUGACGCGACCCAGUUACCCGGCAAUGAAGUUCAGGUCGGUGUCGAGGCGACGACCCAAGAAGUGCGGAUCAUCCUUACGGGCGUCGAGCCCACCGCUUCCAUCCGGAAGAAGAUCGAUUCUAUCUCGGGGGCCGUUUAUGAAGAAGACAUCGAGAAAGCGACCCAUGUCCUCGCCCCCAAGAAUCAGUUGAAACGAACCGUGAAGCUGCUGUGUGGGAUCUCGCGCUGCGCCCACGUUCUAGACGUGCGAUGGCUGGACGAGUCGGCGCGUGUGGGUGCCCCUAUAUAUGAGCGAGCACAUUGCCUGAAGGACGCGAAGGCUGAAGCCAAGUGGCAGUUUGACCUGCGCAAGACCAUGUACGACUUCACGCCGGAGCAGCGACGGCAACUCUUUGCAGGUCACAAGGUGUUUAUCACCAACCACAAGUCGGUUCUGCCACCGGUGAAGGACCUGGUGAAGAUCGUGGAGUGUGCUGGCGGCACAGCAGUGACCAAAGGCAGCGCCGGCCCCGACGAUGUGGUGAUCACGAGUGAAGCUGCGCUGGGUAUGGCCUCGGUUCGGAAGGCGCUGGCACAGGCGAACCCGCAGCGGAUCUACUCGGCCGAGCUCAUUUUGAGCGGCAUUCUGCAGCAGCACAUCGACUUUGACAAGAACCGCCUCGAGCAGCCCGGUGGCGGCAAUCGGCGACGCAGGUAG